AUGAGUUCAACACAAACCCACGCUGAUGACACACUACAGGUAACUACUGGGCACUCGCCCAGGGGUAUCGGGGAUCUACCACCAGAACUGCUUCUGAAAGUUGCCGACUUCGCUGCAGUCACCGAUACGAACUCCAAGAAAGUUCUCUGCAAGCUCUGUCUAGUCAAGCCUCUCAACCCAACCGCGACGGAAGCGCUUUACGCCAACAUUCAUGCCGGUGCCGACUUCAACCCCGUCCUUCUCAUACGAACCCUCCUCAGCCAUCCCUCUCUCGCCGCCCUGGUACGCUCGCUCAAGCUAAAUGCAGUCUGGAACGGAUAUCGGAACCAGAAGUACCGAAUAGCGGUAUUGAACAGCGAUGACCCCAACACCCCUCCAGUAACCCUCGAAGACUUGCAGGGUUUGACUACAGACCCCGUCGUUAAACGGUUACUACAAGCUCCAGAUGUUCACUUCGGGGCUGCAGCGUGUGCAUUGCUAUAUUUCCACGCGCCAAACAUACAUACGCUGAAGUAUGCCGUGGAAGGCCACUACCGAAAACUCAAACUCCCAGAGCUCUCCAUCAUGGUAUCUACGCGGCCAUGGGAAAUCCCCUUUCUACCCUCCCCGCUCUUGGCGACACCACCAACCUACAACCUCCUCAAAAACGUCACCAUACGAACCCCCCACAUAGACAUCGACCGCAUCGCAAAGCUACUCCAACUACCCAACCUCUAUCAACUAGAAGUCUGGAACCUGCGCGAACUCCAACCCCGUCAUGCCUGGCACUGGGACGCCAACCUAUUCCCCGACCACACAUCCACGGUCCGGCAUCUCACUCUGCGCGGCGGCUACCUCCACGUCGACGUCUUGACUCUGGACGAAGUUCGAUAG